ACCCAAAGACUAAUUACAAUCCACAUUAUGGGAUUCUUAAUGACAGAAAUUUUGUGUCUUCACUGAGGUGUGACCUGAACGUUUGUCAAGGUGAUUAAGUUUAGAAUGCCAACAUUGUGGCAAUAGGGCCUGAGAUCCUUUAUAGAGUAUUAAUUAUGCUUCCUGGGAAUUUUGUACUGUGCUACGCCUACUAUAGGAAACCCUCUCGGAAGAUUAGGCAUCGAUUUGCAAGUGUGUUGGUGUAGAAAAACUCAUAUCUCCCUUGUGAACUUUACUGGAGCAAAAAAUUGCAAUGCGUUUUCUAUUCCCCAUGCAUUUUACAUUCACUCCUAACAAUAUAAGUAACCUAUUUAUUAAUUUGUUAUGAUUCCAAUUAAGGUGCAUUCGAUCUAUAACUUUUAUCCUUAAGCUCCUAUUCUACUGUCUUUUCUAGCAUUUAUAUCAUGAAGGGUGGUCUUAGCCCAGAGAUGAAAGGAAGGAAGGAAGGAAGGGAAGGAACAAGGAAGAUUUUCUUAAAAACACUAUUCUUUCAUUUGCAUGAGACUUGACAAGAUAAAUCCCGCCCACCACACUCAAACAAAAAUGUAGUUUGUAGUGACAGAAUUUUAUGUUUACUUUAAGAAACCUGGAAGUGUGUGUUUCUUCAUAAACAAAUUAUAAAAAUGCAAUCCCGUUAGUACAGGAAAUUAAUAAGUACCUUUCCUUCUCAAGCCUCAAUCAUCUUAUAUAUAAGAAGAUUUGGACUCAGUUGUUCUAUGACUCUUAAUGCGAGCCAAGCUUUGAAAUUUCUUUGUAAUUUUUAUUAUGACAAUUCAUACUGUUAUUUAUUCCAGUGACUUUAUUUCCAAAGGUAGUUUCUCAGUUGGAGAAGCAGUUCAGAGUCAUUUUGAGCUCCGUUAAACUCAUUGCUUAGAGCUGUGAUUACUUUCAGGUCCUAAUUAAAUGGGCAAAUCUCUCUUAUGCAUCUUGUUUGGGAAGUCACAGGCAAUCAAAAGUAGUUUGAUGUUAUGAUUGAUGAGCAUUAUUUGAUUUCUGCUGUCCAACAAUGUGUAUACUCUUUAUUAUCUAUGAAUUGUCUUAUUGGCAUAGGAUAUACUUUCUGUGGCAGGGUGGUGGAAAGGGAUCAUUAAAUGAAACAUUACAUGCUUUGUCUUUGAGAGAAUGUUUCAUUUGAAACAGAAACAUCUCAAACAUACCAUGUGCGUGUUACUAUAGAACCGAAAAGCCCUUUCCAGUUGUUUACACUUCGGAUGCAAAAUGGCAAUUUGACAUAGACUAACAGUGUGAUGUGAGCAUCUGCGUAAAAAGGCUACAUAUGGAGCAUGCCCAGUGCGGUGAGUGCGUCCUCCGCCCUCCCCCUCCAGAUCUCUGAAGAUAAGGCUUGAACUUUACACUUGCAAAUGUCACUGCAUACGUUCUGCACUAGGUUUUUUUUUUUUUUUUAAAAGGUUCUCUUACAACUAAUUUCCUUGAACGAUCCAAGAGCAGGGAAGAGAAUCCUUAGGGUAGUAAGGUGCAUUAAGUUCAGAACGAGUUGAUGCCUGUCUUUGAAUGCACUUGAAGUGUUCUUUAUUUUUAAAGCAAUAUAAAGCAUUCGAGGGUUUGUUUUCCCCCCUGGAAUGGGAAAAUAAGAAUCUUCUUGGAUUGCAGUCCUCCGGGGUAGGGAGUGAAAGCCCCGGAGGCAGAAAGGGACGGAGAAGAGGGGCUUGCCCAGAGCAUGGAUAGCAAAGGAGCAGAGGUUCUCCAGGGCUCGGCGCGCGCUGAGGAUCUGUGCCCGGGGCUGCAGCUGCGGACGAGAAAAGCGCUGUCUGGCUAAUGAAGGCCACCUGGAUCAGGCUUCUGAAAAGAGCCAAGGGAGGAAGGCUGAAGAAUUCGGAUAUCUGUGGUUCGGCAGACUCCUACACCAGCCGUCCAUCUGACUCAGAUGUUUCUUUGGAGGAAGAUCGAGAGGCAGUGCGCAGAGAAGCAGAGCGACAGGCCCAGGCGCAGUUGGAAAAAUCCAAGACAAAGCCCGUUGCAUUUGCCGUUCGGACAAAUGUCAGCUACAGUGCAGCCCAUGAAGAUGAUGUUCCGGUGCCAGGCAUGGCCAUCUCUUUCGAAGCAAAAGAUUUUCUGCAUGUUAAGGAAAAAUUUAACAAUGACUGGUGGAUAGGGCGAUUGGUUAAAGAAGGCUGUGAAAUCGGAUUCAUUCCAAGCCCAGUCAAACUAGAAAAUAUGAGGCUACAGCAUGAACAGAGAGCCAAGCAAGGGAAAUUCUACUCCAGUAAAUCAGGAGGAAAUUCAUCAUCCAGUUUGGGUGACAUAGUACCUAGUUCCAGAAAGUCUACACCUCCCUCCUCUGCUAUAGACAUAGAUGCUACUGGCUUAGAUGCAGAAGAAAAUGAUAUUCCAGCAAACCACCGCUCCCCUAAACCCAGUGCAAACAGUGUAACGUCACCCCACUCCAAAGAGAAAAGAAUGCCCUUCUUUAAGAAGACAGAGCACACUCCUCCUUAUGACGUGGUACCUUCCAUGCGACCAGUGGUCCUGGUGGGCCCUUCUCUGAAGGGGUACGAGGUCACGGAUAUGAUGCAGAAAGCAUUGUUUGAUUUUUUAAAACACAGAUUUGAAGGACGGAUAUCUAUCACGAGGGUCACCGCUGACAUCUCACUGGCCAAACGCUCUGUGUUAAACAAUCCCAGUAAGCACGCAAUAAUAGAGAGAUCCAACACAAGGUCAAGCUUAGCGGAAGUUCAGAGUGAAAUUGAAAGGAUUUUUGAACUUGCAAGAACGUUGCAACUGGUAGUCCUUGAUGCAGAUACUAUUAAUCAUCCAGCUCAACUUAGUAAAACCUCUUUGGCCCCUAUUAUAGUGUACGUAAAGAUUUCUUCUCCUAAGGUUUUACAAAGGUUAAUAAAAUCUCGAGGGAAAUCUCAAGCUAAACACCUCAAUGUCCAAAUGGUGGCAGCUGAUAAACUGGCCCAGUGUCCUCCAGAGUUGUUUGAUGUGAUCUUGGAUGAGAACCAGCUCGAGGAUGCCUGUGAGCACCUUGCCGACUAUCUGGAGGCCUACUGGAAGGCCACCCACCCUCCCAGCAGCAGUCUCCCCAACCCUCUCCUUAGCCGCACGUUAGCCACUUCAACUCUGCCUGUUAGCCCCGCUCUAGCCUCUAAUUCACAGGGUUCUCAAGGCGAUCAGAGGACUGACCGCUCUGCUCCUGCCCGUUCUGCUUCCCAAGCUGAAGAAGAACCCUGCCUGGAACCAGUCAAGAGAUCCCAGCACCGUUCUUCCUCCUCAGCCCAGCACCACAACCAUCGCAGUGGGACAAGUCGAGGCCUCUCCAGGCAAGAGACGUUUGACUCGGAAACCCAGGAGAGUCGAGACUCUGCCUACGUAGAGCCAAAGGAAGAUUACUGCCACGAACACGUGGACCACUAUGCCCCACACCGUGACCACAACCACAGAGAUGAGCCCCACGGGAGCAGUGAGCAUAGACACAGGGAGUCUCGGCACCGUGCCAGGGACUUGGAUCGAGAGCAGGACCACAACGAGUGCAACAAACAGCGAAGCCGCCAUAAAUCCAAGGAUCGCUAUUGUGACAAGGAUGGAGAAGGAAUAUCCAAAAAACGGAACGAGGCUGGGGAGUGGAAUAGGGAUGUUUACAUCCGCCAAUAACUUUGGCCCUUUUGUGUUUUUUUUUUUUUUUUUAAGUAAGUCUUGUAUAACAGCACCCUCAAACUAAAUCUUUGGGGGUCUACAUUGCAAUCAUAUGUGAUCUGUCUUGUAUAUUUUGUACUGCUGUUGCUUGAAUAGCAAUAGCAUGAAAUAGAGUAUUAAUAUACUUUUUUUUCUUUUGUAAGUGCUAUAUAAAUUCGCCUGGUAUGGCUGCAGUCCUCCGGUUGUAUACUGGACUUUUUCAAAAACUGUUUGGGGUAGCUGCCACUUGAACAAAAUCCGUUGCCAUCCACGUGGCGUUAGUAUUUUAAGAAAUGUAGUUGUUUUCAAAAAUGUAGUUGAUGUAUCCAGCAAGCCAGAAUCAGCCCAGAUAAGAAGUGGAAUUUCUUGAUUCUCCAUAUUUUAAAUAUGUAGGCACCUGAUUUGCAUAUUCAUUCAUCCAUGGACCACUGUUUCUUGCUUGUACCUCUGGCUGACUAAAUUUGGGGACAGGUUCUGUCUUGCCUUACACAAAGGGGAUCAUAAAGUUAGAAUCUAUUUUCUAUGUACUAGUACUGUGUACUGUAUAGACAGUUUGUAAAUGUUAUUUCUGCAAACACCUUCUUAUGAUAAUUAUAUAUAUAAUAUAUAUAUAUAUCAGUUUGAUCACACUAUUUUAGAGUCUUAAUGCCAAGUCAGCAGAUUUGCUUUAUGAAUUACAGGGACUAGAAAUGCCCACCUUCAGGAAAUUUGUAAUAACAUCAUCUAGACACCUAUCCCCACUCUAGUAGAAAGUCUGUACAUACUGUAAAUACGUGUGAUUGCUUGACUUGAAAAGGUUUGAUUUCUGAAUGUUUUACCAUCCUUGUAAGUUUAUAAUUUUGACCAUAAAUUAUGGUAAAUAUAACCAAACUCCAAAGGUUGUUCUAAUCCAUGCAGUUCACACUGAUUGUGACAAACACAUUCUUAGUAGCUAGUGUCUUACGUCACUGCACUGGAAUAUACGAGCCGGAACUCUGUGUGCGUGCGCGUCUGUGUGUAAGCGUGUGCGUGAGUGACUGGUUGAGAUGAAUCUGAAUGCUGAAGACUUGUCAAGAAACUAGAGACUGAUAUCCAGAAUUCUACCCACCUGGCUUUGUACUGAAUCGUGCUACAUGUUGCUUUAAUGAUUCGUUGAGCAGUCAGGGUGUGUGAAGAAACUUGCUGCCAAAGGUGACUACGAAAGCAUUCAUCUGCUGGCUCCCUGUUUUUGCUCCUAGAGAGUAAAAAUACAGGCAACUUUUAACUGUGAGAGUUUCACUGGAAAUGUACAAUCUUUGUGUGUUCGAGUAUUUGUUUUAGUAAGAAACGUUUACACAGCUUGUAGAAUUGUUUCGUGGGAAAAUAAAUUUUUCUAACUUCUCCCACUUCCUUUUCUAAACUUGCCUAUCGUUCCUGUUGUUUAUCUCCCAGUUUACCUGUCAUUCCAUUCCGCCCCCCACCAACUCCAACAGUUUCACUGUCCAUCAGAACCUAGAAGUGCUUCUUAUAACCAAAGUUUCUGCUCUUCAGAAGAAAUCAGGGCAAAAUGGGGUGACUUGAAGUGAACAAGAUGUUAAGAACAUUUUCGUACAUCAGACAUCUACUGUGAAGGAGAACCCGGAAGAUGAUAGCUCCAUGCCUCAAUGAUGCCGCUGAGAAAGCUCACAAUGUGGUUAUGACGCUAAGGCUCAAACCUUCUCCGUGUCUCUUAGGCGUACAUUUUGUCCAGUCAAGACUGGACAGGUAAGACAGUCUUAGGUGUGCAAGUACCUAGCACUUGAAGUUUGUCCCUGGAAAAUGCCUCUGUAUAAUUGCCUAACUUCAGAUCUGUACAUUAUAUGAUUAUUUUGUUACAUAAAUCUAUUUUUUUGUUUUGCUUCUUUGAUUAUUCCAGGUUCUUGCCAAAUAUUCUUGGACCUUUAUCAGUAAAACUGUUUCAUAUUUAACUCCUUCCUCCCCCUCUCCCCAAGAAAACUCAAAGAGUUUUAAAAAUGAGUUACAUAUAUAGUGUUUUGUCAGCUGAUAUAGGAAGUAUUUCCCUCAGAAUCCAUCUAUUUGUCAAUUAGCUCUGUACUUUUGACAUGUUUAUUUAUUGAAUAUAAAACCAGUAGUUAGAAUAUAUACAUUUUUGAUGUCAAAUAUUCACAUUGGGAAACCGUAUUUCAAUUAAAGUUACUUUUAUAAAAUAUUUCCGAUAAACUUUCCAUCACGGUAAAAUGCUGCCCCAUCCUUUCCCACAUGAAAUUUCAUCCCAAUUAAUGUCUCUGGCAUAUUUAAAUUCUUGAAGUUUAACUGGUAUUUAUCGUACUUGCUGCUACCAUUAAUCCCUUUCAAAGAGUUGUGCUAAUGAAUUCCAUCUUUAAAAUUCUGUACCCGGAUUCUUAGUUUCUCACUUUACUGUGAAUAUGUUAGUCCAAAUCAGAGUAUUCCUUAAAAAAUAUUAUUACAGGAUUUGACAUAGCAUCUAUAAGUGAGAACUGUAUAGCGGGCAUAUGUGUGAACUGUACUAAAUUUGUAACUGAAGAAAUCCCAAGGACAAUGGGAUAUUUACUGACUCGUGGAAUGUAAAAUUAUAGUCUUUUCACACAGCAAAGGCUUCAUCUUAACCUACCCAGUUGAAGAGUCAUGAUUUUUGUAGUCAAUCUAGAAAAUGCUGGAAAUGUUCUUAGUAGUUCUGUUUUCUUAUCAAACCUAUUUCAGUUCUUCCUAUGCUCUUUCUCUACUGCUCCUUUGAGUUACUGUUACAAAAAGGUGCUGCUAAAUGUAGGAUGUCCUGGUCAUGUUGUACUUUGGGACAAUGCCACAUUUUUAACAUGGUCUGCUCUGCAUUCACUGUCAGCUACACGGAACUGUUCAACAAACCUGGUUUAAAGUCAUUCAUAUAAAACAAAUAAAGAGCUGGUUUCUGCACUGUU